AUGCUGGUGACCUAUUUGGAAGCCAGCCGGGACCUUUGCGAGACGGACUCAAUUAUUUUUGGCGCCGAACUGGCAGUCUGCCGUAUUAUAGGCGCCAAACUCUCCACGGCUGGACGCGCUACUGGAAAAAGUAGUGCUAUCCCAGCCUGGAGAAUAAGAAUUGAAGAACGUAUCGCAAAGGCUAGGGCCCUCAUCGGCAGACUGAUGUGCUUCAGGUCAGGCAAUACCAGGCCAAGGAUUGUGCGCACCGUCAGGAUGGCGUUUGCUGGGACAAAUGUUAGUUUGUCCCAGCCGAAUAUAAUGCAAAAACUGAUGGAGCGCAUAGACGACCUGAAGCAGAGAAUCGCUGCUUGGGGAAAGCGGAUUCGGCGAAACACCGAGAUGUCGACACGGUUCAACCAGAAUCGUCUCUUCCAGAGUGAUCAGAAGAGGCUUUAUAAAUCAUUGAAGCGACCAAUGGUAAGUGGAACGGGCCCAGCACCGAAUCAGGCCAACACGGUUGCAUUCUGGCGCAGCCUGUAG